CAAAUGAAUAGUAAUGAGGUGGGCCCCACGAAAUUCUAAUUUUUAGGGUAUAGAAAAUAAAUAAAGUGAUGUGUAUUAUGGUGGGGUAAACAAAAUAGUGGAGGAAAGAGUGAUGAGGAGUUUUAUUUUUUUAAGCAUUGAUGUGGUAAAAAAAAAUAUCUCAUGAGAGGAAUUGGAUGAGAAGAGUGAGAAAUUGAGUAGAGAGAGAUUGAGAGGUUUUUUUUCUCCCUGGCAAUGGUCUGACAAAUGCAUGCUCACUUUCAUUAUAUUUCCAAAUUCCAAUAACGAAUGCAUGCAUCCGUUCAUUUUCAACUUCCCAAAAACAGAAAAACAGAGUUCAAAAUAUGACCAAACCUCACACUCACACUACACAAUUAUCUCCUGCUUUCUUCCUCUUAAACUUCAACCCCUUUGUUCCUCGUAAAAUACCCAAUUUAAUUACAUAAAUCAUUCACCCUAAUAUUUCUUAUCAACAAUGUCGAUAUAUAAACUAGCUGUGAUCAUCAAAAACCCUCUAAACGACGAGGAAUUCCUGGUUGUCAAGCAAAUUAGGCCCCGUAAAUUUGGAAUUGAAGAGUAUGAUUCUUUCAUUGAUUCUGAUCUUUGGGAUUUUCCUUCUGUUCAUUUGAAAAUGUUACAAGGUGAAUCGGAAAUCCAAGUUGAAGGAGCUGAAUUAUGCUCUGCUAAACUUGAUUUGAAGAAAUUUGACCUGAGUUUGGCUUUAAACCAGGUUUCAGAGCAGGUUAGAGUUGAGAGGUUGGUUGAAGGGCAGUGGAAGUUCUGGAAAUUUGUGGAAGAGCCUGAAUUUGGACCGGCACCUCCGAUUCAUACGGUUUUUAUCACCGCCUACUAUGGCUUUGAUGAUAAAAGUAGUGAUGUGGCAUGCCAGUGGAUUUCCUGGUCUAAUUGCUCCAAACGGCUCUCCGAGGUAACACCGGAUAGUUAUCGUAUGGGGCCCUUGGUGGUUAAUGGUUUUCCCCAUGACUCUAAACACUCUAAGUGGGAUGUUCCGCGUUAUUUGAAUUACCAGGAAUAUCCUCUGGGUGUCAGACUUGUACCGAUGAGAAGUAGAACUGGCAAGCCUUUCUCCACUACAAACUUGGUAGUCAUUGCUCCACAGUUUGUUGCUAAUAGUGAAAGCGAUAAAAAUUUUAUUGCUCAUGGAGAUGCACUAAUAAUAGAUCCUGGAUGCAGAGCUCAGUCCCAUCAGGAGCUUGCAGAUAUUAUUGCAGCUUUACCAAGAAAGUUGAUCGUGUUUGUUACACAUCAUCAUGCUGAUCAUGUGGAUGGUUUGUCAGCUAUUCAAAAAUGCAACCCUGAUGCAAUUUUAUUGGCUCACAAAUACACAAUGCAUCGUAUUGUAAAAGAUGACUGGUCUCUUGGGUAUACAUCAGUUGCAGGUGGGGAAGAAAUAAAUGUUAGGGGCCAGCGACUUCAAGUCAUUUCAGCCCUGGGCCACACGGAUGGUCAUAUGGCAUUGCUCCAUAUCAAUACUCAUACGCUGAUUGUUGGUGAUCAUUGUGUUGGGCAAGGUAGUGCGGUUCUAGAUGCUUUUUCUGGUGGAAAUAUGGGAGAAUACUUUAAUACGACAUACAAAUUCUUGGAGCUUUCUCCAAAUGCUUUGAUUCCUAUGCACGGAAGAGUCAAUUUGUGGCCAAAACACAUGCUUUGUCGAUAUCUCAAGAAUCGCAGAGAUAGAGAAUCUUCAAUCUUGAAUGCCAUAGAACAUGGCAGUACUACUUUAUUUGACAUAGUUUCCACUCUAUACAAAGACAUCGAUCGUGCCCUGUGGUAUGUUGCUGCAUCAAACGUGAGGCUCCAUGUUGAGCAUUUAGCUCAACAACACAAGUUACCUGAGGUCUUUUCUUUAGAAACUCACAGUGUUGCUGCAUUUGGUGACGAGUUGAGCAAAUUGUAAUUAAGAGAUGCUGUUUUCUAGGCUCAUUGACCUCUUUAGGUUAGAAGCGCUGCUCUAACACUUGCUGAAUUGUAUGUCUGUAUAAAAGAGGAACUAUUUGCACACUAUUUCAUCAUACAUGAUGAAUCUGAUAUUGUACGCGUAAAUUGCUUAUUUAGCUUAGCUUCUGCUUUCUUUCAGACGAAAAGUUUCAUAUUAUUUCUAGUGUAAUUUUCUUUCUUUGAUUAUCCAGAGUUGUACAGUUCAUUUAGUUUCCUUGUUUCUCCUAGGGCAUGUCCUUGUCAAAACUUCAACGAACUUAUGGAGUACAUUUUGCACUCAAUUGGAUCUGGGCAUAUACAUGCAAUUGGAUUUCAUCAAAGAUUAUGAAGAUUAGACAACCUAAACUCAUUGUUUCUGUAGUUAUUGCUUGCUUUGCUGCAUUGUAUA